UUAGAAAGAAAAAGAAAAAAAAGAGAAGAAUCUGCGAAGUCAAAAUCCCUAGUAAAAUUUGGUGUUUAUCACUAAAUGAAUGAAUUCAACUUCCCCAGAGCCCCUAUCAAUGAAUUCCAAAUCCAUGUAACAACCCUCAACGAUGGCUUAUCUCGCGCCAAAAUUAUCCUUCACGCCCAGCCCUAUCUGCACAUUAAGCUACAAAACUUCAAUUUUGCUUCACAACUCAGCAUUCGGAAUUCGGAAACCCCAUUCGCACAAGUUUCUGCUUUCCAAUCGAAUAAAUGUCGGCGGAGAUAGUGGAAAUGGAGUUAGAGAGAUGGAGAGGCCGGCGCUUAAUCGGGCUAGGGCGAGCCCCAAGUUGAGCGAUGCGCAGAAGCUUGCUAUCUCUCAAUUGCCGCCGAAGAUGACGAAUCGGUGCAAGGCGUUGAUGAAACAUAUCAUUUGCUUCUCAACUGAAAAUGGAUGCGUCCCUCGAAUGCUGGCGGCUUGGGUGAGGAGCACGAAGCCGCAGAGAGCUGAUUGGCUUGCUGUUCUUAAAGAAUUGGAGCGCUUGAAUCAUUUCCUCUAUUUUGAGAUUGCUGAAUAUGCCCUUACAGAAGAAUCUUUUGAAGCUAACAUUCGUGAUUAUACCAAGAUCAUUCAUGGUUAUGCAAAGCAAGACAAGUUGGGAGAAGCUGAACGCGCUUUGGAGGCCAUGAAGAGCCGUGGUCUUAUGUGUGAUCAGGUAACUCUAACUGCUCUAGUGCACAUGUACAGCAAGGCCGGUAAUCUCAAGAUGGCGGAAGACACAUUUGAAGAGAUGAAGUUGCUUGGCGUGCUACUGGACAAGAGAUCGUAUGGCUCCAUUGUGAUGGCCUACAUCAGAGCUGGGAAACUAACCUCAGCAGAGAGCUCACUGCGAGAAAUGGAAGCCCGACAAAUCUAUGCACCUCGAGAAGUGUACAAGGCGCUGCUGAGAGCCUACUCGAUGCUAGGCGACAGCCAAGGCUCUCAGAGGGUCUUCGAUGCUAUCCAAGUUGCUGGCAUCAUCCCCGACGCCAAGGUAUGUGGGCUUCUCAUAAAUGCGUACGUUGCAUCAGGGAAAACCCGUGAAGCUCGUAUUGCAUUUGAGAAUAUGAGGAAAUCUGAUCUGGAGCCUAAUGACAAAUGCACAGCCUUGGUGCUGGCCGCUUACGAGAAGGAGAACAGAGUGAAAGAGGCAUUGGAUCUGCUGAUAGAGUUGGAAAGAGACAAUGUGAUGCUAGGAAAGGAGUCUUCAAGUUUACUGGUGCAAUGGUUCCGUAGGCUAGGGGUCGUAGAAGAGGUCGAACACGUGCUGAAGGAUUUCGCUUCUCGAUGAUGCAUGAGCCAGUUUGUAGCUCACCAUCCCGACCCCUCACCAGUCAUGGAUAGUCUGCACCGUUUUCCUCUGGCAUUUGUUUCUUUUGCUAUUCGGGUUACAUUAUCGUUCAUACGGCCUUGAGGAGCUCGGAAGUGCAGAUGUGUCAGUUUCGACCUUGCUGCUGCAAAAAGAAGCAGGAACAAACAACUCAUCAACAGCCUCUGUAUAUAUAGCUUGCUUCGCCGUUUUGUUUCUUUGCAGGAUCAGUUGGUUAUAUUUGUUACAUCAAUUUUACAAAAAGAAAUUAUCAUGAGUUUAGAAUAUGAGAUUUAUAUGUUA